AGGGUUAGCCUCCUGGCACGAGCGUCAACGCUUGACAUUUAAGAUUUUCGUCCCGUGGCCGUGCGCUGUAGUUAAGCGCUGAAAUAGUGGAACUGCUCUUUGCUCUGGCACAGUAUCACUCUUCAUAUCUCCCUCUGUACCUGGUAAGAAUCGCUCGCGUUCGGCCAGCAGCGGGAAGCAGAAGUAUUACACCCUUGUCGGUUGAGAUCGACCUGCAGGUCACAGUAGCUUUGCCCCACUCCAAUUCCGUCAGAGCUGCAGCCGUGCUUCCCUCGCGGAAUCACUUCCUAGACUUUCAACAUCUCCAUCAUGGCAGACUCGCCGCGGCGUCGGUCGCGAUCGAGCUCCCGCUCCCGCUCGCCCCCGCGCCGGCCAAAGGUCACCGGCGGCUUCAGGUGGAAGGAGAAGCGGCCGACCGAGUCGGACGACAGGCGCGACGACCGCGGUCUGCAGCGCGGGUACCGCGACCGCUCGCCCAGGCGGGAGCGCGAGCGGGAGGCGGACCGCGACCGUGACCGCGACCGCGACCGCGAUCGGGGCAGGGAAAGGGACAGGGACAGAGACAGGGACAGGGAGAAGGGCAGGGAGCGUGAUCGAGAGUAUGGUCGAGAGAGGGAGAGGGAGAGACGCGGAGCCCGCAGCGAUCGAGAGCGCUCGCCGUCCAGACGAGACCGCGACCGCGACCGCGACGGCCAACAAGCAAAACCAAGACGAGACAAACCGUCCACCACAACACCCACGACAAGAACAAAAACAACAACAACGACGGCGGCGGCGGCGGCGACAGGCGGCGAGGAAAUGAUCAUCGUGACGGUCAACGACCGGCUCGGGACCAAGGCGCAGAUCCCGGCCUUCCCGAGCGACACGGUCGGCCAGUUCAAGAUCAUGGUCGCCAUGCGCAUCGGGCGCGAGCCGCACGAGAUCCUGCUCAAGCGGCAGGGCGAGCGGCCCUUCAAGGACGCCAUCACGCUCGCCGACUACGGCGUGUCGAAUGGCGUCCAGCUUGAUCUGGAGGUUGAUACCGGUGAUUAAGCCGCGGGGAAGGGGGGCGGUCGUCUGCCGUUGGGGGAUUGGAGGAGACGGGAAGGUGGGGGGUGGUUUGUCAAAGUGAAGAGGCGGUUGAGAGAGCGCAUGGAGUGUCUCGGACACUUUGAAGCUCAGGUAGUUACACGCUGGCAUUCGAGGGACAUUCAGCGUUCCCGGCAGGAGGUAUCAGUCAGUCGCCGGAUGAACAGAAUCCGCGGUUUUGAAACCCGAACGAGCCAAAAUUACUCAAGUAUGCUACCUCCCCCCGAACCCUCACCCCGCCCAGCCCUCGCUAUCCUCCACAUCCUCCACCUCGACCAUCCGACGCCCCUGGGCCGGCCCCACCGCGGCUCCGGAUCCG